GCGGUCUCCCGACUGGCCUUCUGGGUAGAGUCUGCGCGAGUGGGAGUGGAGCGAGUCGCUCGGUCUCGGCAGCGUUCAUCCAUUCCGUGCGGCACUCCCCGUACAGCUCCGUGCGUCCUCGGUGCGAACCGGGGGGCUCCGAUCCGGGCUGUUUACUACGCUUCUUGAAGAAGAAGAGAAAAAAAAGACUGCGGGACGAAAAGCUACACGGAAUAACCUUCAGCAAACCUUCCCCGAGACGCGGAUUCCUGAGUCGGAGAGGACAUGGAGUGACGGAGAGCGGGAGAAAGGGGCUUUUUCCGAGGACGGCGUGCUCCGCUGAAACCCAACAUGGCGCUGCUGCGAGGUACGGCUGAGCUGAAUUAAUUUCUCAGCGAGUCCUCCGACCUCGCCACCUGUAUCCUUUGGGGGCCCGGGCCGAACGGCGCAUUGGCUCUCCGACUUAAAGGACCGUAAAGGAUCUUCUUUUGUGGAUUUCUCUCUGUCCUGCCGUUUGUGUUUCCUCCGCGCAGGGAUCUUUUUGUUGCUUUAUGGAAACACAAGUGACAUUUGCAGCAGCAAAAAAGUCCGCUUGAAAUAUAGGGUAAUGGAUGAGAGUUGCCUGUAGACAAUAUAUUAGCUUUAUAUGUGAGACUUGUUUUGUUUCGUGACAAGUGGAUAACCUGUUAGACACUUUUAGUAGUUUUUUUUUUUCCUUUGGCCGGGAUUGUCUGCCUCCAGCAGACAGGACCGUAACCGGGCUGGUCUACGUACGCACGGAUCUCUGCCCUCCUAGUUUAACUUGGCAAAACAAGAAAAAGGCGUGAGUUGGAGCGCACAGACGACGACUGGAACUAACACCAAUUAACCAGGGCAACAUCUGUUCGUGAUGUCGAUGCUGAGACACAAACCAACCUGGAACUAAGACAAGGGAACCACAUCACACAAAACAUGGUGGAUGCAAGGUUGACGCCCCUUGCAGCGAUGGGGCUGGACCGAGGCACUCUGAUGCACGAUGGUCUUCGUCUCCAUAGUGGGGUUGUAUACCCAGGGAUCAGAGCACUACCAACGGAGAAGAGCAGAGAGACGCCCACCCUCCCCCUUGCUUAUAACAGGGAUGGUCUCCCAGAGCUCAUCUACAAGCCUGACGGCCCUCUGGACAGUCGAAAGCCCGUUAAUGGAUACCUGGGCCUCUACAAGGGUACCCCUCCAAGUCUCCACAAGCCUGUGCUGGUUCCUGGAGCUGAAGGUCUCGGCUUGGAACGCAGAGUAGGACCUGGUGAAAAAGCAUCUGAGCUGGGCUUGGCGAGUGCUGGUGGCAGCUACUUACGCCUACCAUGGCUUAGCCCCUACCCUGAGGCAAGCAUGUAUCCCUUCAUGGACACAUCCAAGUACGCGGCCCUAAACAUGUACAAAGCCUCCUUGCUCAGCCAGCCCAACCCCUAUCUUCCCCAGCACCUGGCAUAUCCCUCUCUAUGUGCAGCUCAAGGGGGUAAUGUUAACCCUGCUGCAGCCGCCUCUGCUGCUGAAAGGCUCUACUAUAUGCCCCCAUAUCCCCCCUCUCCCAUCUCUUCUCCCCUGGUGGCGCCCCCUAUGAGGAUUCCUUCAGUCACAGUGGCCCCCACAUCACUGGUACACUGCCAGGAUAAGGGGAUUGGAGUUCCACCUCCAUUUGCACAGCAACUUCACCAACCUUCCCCUCAUCCUCAGCACCAUCAGGCUGCUAUGGACAGGGACCGGUCCCCAAGUAGAAGCAGUAGACCAAGCAGACCUCCUUCUAGGAAGGGCUCUAGCAACAAUAAUAACACCAGUAGUACUAGCACUAGUGGCACCAGUGGUGGGAAUAAUAAUAGUCUGCCUACUGACUCUUCUUCUCAUGCAUCUUCUCGCCUUUCCCAGCCUCCCCCUGCUCUCAUUGACAGUUCGCUGGACUUACAAAGGCCAGUUGCUAGGAUAGGACAACCACCCACCUCCUCCACUUGUUCAGUGUCCGCCCCGCCCUCAUCCACGCAGUCCAUUCCUAAUCUAUUCUCUGUGAGCAGCAUGGCAUCAGAGCAGCCCUCUCCUGCCCGGCCCAGCCCCCAUAAACCCAGGCCAAGAGAAGGGGCACCUGAGCACAGAAACGUAGGGGUUGAGAGAAGACCAAGCAGGUCACCCUCCAAACCUAAUUUUGAGAGGCCAGCUCACCAACCCCAAGCAACCAAAGACUCAGAGAAGCCCUUAGAUUUGUCAGGAAGAAUACUUGAGUUUGGACUGCCUCCCAAUGGAUUCCCAGUUAAGAUGGACACUAUGGCAUCAAGCGCACGUUACGGACUGCCUCCUAACCGAGAGCUCCUAAAGGAAAACAUGUCCCACUCUCCUUCCUCCCACUCUCACUCUGUGGUCAGCAGCACUUCUUCAAAGGUCUCAGAGAGGCCAGAGAUGAUCAGCACUUUACACUCCUCCUGGGUUGUACCUAGCCCGUCUCCUUCCCAUGCACAGCACACACCAGGCUUGCCCCCCUCUCCAAGGCCUAACACAGACCUGGGCCUUUCACAAACCAAAGGCUCCUCACCCUCUGUCAUUAAACACAAGGGUCUGGAGAGAGUACUGCCUCAGCAACGUAGCUCAUCCUGUCCAAGGAUUGGGGAGCCCAACCAUAGUGUUUCCUCUACUCAGCACUCUGGCUCCUCUCUGGUCAGCUCUAGGGUUCUUUCUCCCAAACCCAAUAGCGAGUGGGUCAAACACAGUCCCAACCAAUCAGAACAUCCUUCAGUUGUGGGCCACCACAGAGAGGGAACAGAAAAGCCCUCCCUGACCACUAAGAGAGGUGAAACAACUCCAGAGGUGUCAUCAUACAAGAGGCCCUGUUUAGAGAACGGUCACCCUCCUGGCCACCUUUACCUCCCUCAAAGUGACGCUUACCUGAACCAUAGUUUGGCUUAUGCCAAUAGAUACCUGCACUACCCCAUGCCUGACGGCAUGGCGCUACACUCCCUACCUAUUACAGGGAAAGGCCCAGUUUACCCUCAUCCAGUAUUGCUUGGCAGCAACAGCCUUUAUCCAACCCACCUGGCAGCAAAACAUCCUUUACCCUAUCACAACCUCCCAGCUGGUCCAGGAGGGGAGUACCUCACUUAUAACUCACAGGAGAUGGCCCAUCCCCUGAUGCAGACUCACACAGACAACAAGCUGCCAGAAAGAGGUGAUGCAACUUUGAAGCCCCGGGGACAGGAGAAAUCACGGGGAGGUGCUGAAGAAUGUGGGGGCCACAGGGAUCACAACAUUGGGAAAGAGAUAGGCGAAGGAAACCAAAUUAAGCCUGACAGGGAAGCAGGAGCACAAGGACAGGGUGGCAGUCAAAGCAAAGCUCCCUCUUCCUCUGUAACAUCCAGAGAAAAGAUUGUCUGCAUUGACCUUGUACACUCAGACACAGAUAUUGAGUCUACUCCAACAGUACACAAACAGCCCGCUAAUGAGACCAGCGCCAAGGUUAACCAAAAUGAAUGUUGUCAUAGUAACCAAAAUCUGACAAAGACUGACAAUGAGCCAAAACACCAACACCACCUUUCCCAUCCAUAUCCAAUCCACACUGGACAGAGCCCCACCCGGAAGCCCAACCACAAUGAUAGACACCCAGAAACUCACUUUGGGAAACCAAAGGUUCCUCAGGAUGCAGACUGUCCUGGGGUGACAUCUAGCACAUCCGCAACUCCUCCAGGGCAGAUCGCCCUAGCAGAGGAGAGCCUGGAGGAACGGAGUCCCAGCCCAGACCCUGGAGACCAAGACCAGAGCACUUUGCGCUGUGCCCGCACAUCUGGGGAGCGCAGCUCUGGCAAGGACAAAGGGGACAGGGACAGGGACAGUCGAGCUCUCCACCUCACUCAGCACUGCACAGAUGUGGUGAAGGAGUCAGACCAGGAAAAAGUGUGCGGGAGGGAGACUGAUAAGGAAGACAGUAUUGUUGACCUAGGAGAGUCUCAAGGAGAAGGGGAUGAGGAGGAAGAAGAGGGUAACCAGGCUUCGUCUAAAAGCUCUCGUAGAUCCAGUCUGGCCAAGAGGAUUGCUAACUCCUCAGGCUACGUUGGCGACCGCUUUAAAUGUGUCACCACUGAGCUGUAUGCUGACUCCAGCAAGCUGAGCCGUGAACAGAGAGCUCUGCAGAUGGAAGUCAUAUCACGAGAGGGGAGUAAUAUAAGUCAACCUGCAGCUAACUGGGAGCGGGCAAUGAUGCGGUUCUCGGAGCUGGAGCUGAAGGAGAAGGAGGGCGGCGGUGUGUGUGUGUCUGCCUCGGCAGCAGGACGGGAGCUGGCAGACGGCCAGCGCAGAGAGCGAGUGCUGGAACACUGCCAACACACCACCAGGCAGGGAGAGAGGGAGGGUGUCCGGCCGGUGUACACUAACAACAGAGUUCCAGUCCUCCAGAGGUGCGGGGCCCAGAGGGAUCCUUUGUCCCCAGGGCAGGGGGCCCGAGACGGGGCCAGAAGUGCCAGCCAAGGAGGGCCGAAGGAUGGAACCAAGAAGGUGGUGAGAGAGUCUGAAGGAGAUCAUUGUGUUCCCCCGACUCUGACGCCGGCAAAAGGGUAUCCUGAGGAGAAUGCCAGCCCCGGCUUUGGACCCACGAGAAAACGCCCGCUCUUCACCAGGGCUGAGCAGGAGGACACAGAGAGGGAGGAAGGAGAGAGGGUGUCCCACCCAGAGAAAAGACCCAAAAUUUCUAUGGACGAGCGUGAGCAAGCCAGUCCUGAUGAAGAUGAUGAUGACGAGGUGAGGAAGCUCAAGGUCUGCAUCGAGCUGAAGGGACUGCGACUCAGCAAGCCCGCCACGGGCGCAGCCUCACCUGACAGAUCCCAAAUCAAACAGGAGAGGGCGUGGCCCCAGCCCCGAUUAGUAUCCCCGGCCCAGAGCCUGCGGGAGCGCAAGAUCAGAGCCGGCGAGCCCGAGGAGAGAGCCGCAGCGCAGAGAGCCGAGAUCAACAGGAAAUGGGGCUGCGAGAAGCUACUUAAUGGAGUAGCUGCCUCCCUUCCCCCCGGCCAGCUGAAGGACAGAGCGUACCCACUGGACCCCUUCUCAGGUGACCGCGGCCUCAAGGAACCCAGGAGGGGCCCCCCCUCUCCGUCCCCAGAGCCGUCCGUGGGAGGCACCCCUCCCCUCAAGCCUCGUCGCCAUAGUGACACGGACAAACCCAAGGGCAAGCGGCCCUGCAAGACCAAACACACAAGUCAGAGGGAGCGGGAGCGGGAGAAACGGAAAGAGGCCACUCCUAACAGCCCGGGCCAGCGUUGCGUGGCUGAUCUCGGAGCAGCCGAAGAUGACAAGCUGAGUGAGCAGCGCAGCGCUCCAAGGAAGAGAGCUGCCUCUCCUAAUCAUUAUCCCUGCUCUCCGGUCAAGCCCUGCUCCCCCGCCGCGCUCUGCCCGCCCUCCCUGCAGCCCCAGGUGAACGGCAGAGCAGGCGGUGUCCCACCAGAGGCGGCGGGGCUGCACAGGACCCUCCCUGCCGAGCCCCCCGUGGUGCGCCCGAUCCCGCCAGAGGCUCGUCGGCUGAUCGUGAACAAGAACGCCGGGGAGACUCUGCUUCAGAGAGCUGCGCGGCUAGGCUACGAGGAGGUGGUGCUGUACUGUCUGGAGAACAGAGUAUGUGAGGUGAAUCACAGAGACUAUGCCGGUUACUGUGCUCUCCACGAGGCGUGCGCCCGUGGUUGGCUCAGCAUAGUCCAACACCUGCUGGAUUACGGUGCUGACAUCAACUGUAGCGCACAGGAUGGCACCAGACCGAUUCAUGAUGCCGUGGAAAAUGACCACCUGGACGUGGUGCGAAUCCUGCUGUCCUAUGGCGCUGACCCUACCCUGGCCACAUAUUCUGGCCGUGGCCUCCUCAAGAUGACCCACAGUGACAGCAUGGAACGCUUCCUCACUGAUUAUUUUGCUGACCUUCAGGGCCGCUCAGAUGACGACCUGGGGCUUUAUUGGGAAUUCUAUGGCAGCGCUGUGUGCGAGUCUAGCGAAGAGGGCGGGGUCUAUGACAUCCUGGCAGACCCACCAGGCCCGGAAGAUGAGGAUGAGGAUGAUAAAAGGGAGGUGUUUGAGUUUGAGUUCUCUGACAGACCUUUGCUGCCUUGCUACAACAUCCAAGUGUCCCUCUCCCAAGGGCCAAGAAACUGGCUGCUGCUGUCUGAUGUGCUUCGACGGCUGCGGAUGUCAGCUCGUGGUUUCCGACAAGCCUUCCCCCACAUGGACGUGGUGACGGUGGCAGAGGCAGAGUUUUACCAGCAAGCCUCACUGUCACAGCUCUUCUCCUGCCCAGAGGAGCUAGAGGGCUUCCACCCAGACAGCAAGGAGCUGUUAGACCUGGUGGAAGACAGCGCAGAGCUGGCCGCCCUGCUGGGAUCCACACUGGAGUGUCUGGAUGACCGUUGGGACCACGCAGGGGACAAACUGAAGGACAAAAUCAAAGCUGUUGGAAAGCUGGGCUCAUCCUGACCCCUGGAGCCGCUAAACCUGGACCUUGAUCCCUACCGCCUGCAGUUUGCUUUAGAACCAGCCAGGGGUUGUGAUGAUAUGCCUUAGCCUGACCCUUAGCUCCCACGCUCCAGUGCUGCUCUGGACCAGCACUGGUGCACUGUACAGAUGGACUAACCUGCUGGCUGCCUGGGCUGCUCAGAUAUUUCCCUCCAUUAACUGAGGAUCAAUAACUUUGUGGCUCAAUAGACUUAAUAAUGGUCUUAUUUUUAUAAAUUAAUAUAUGUAUAAGUAAAUAAAUAGAUAAAUAUAUAUAUAUACAUAUAUAUAUAUAUAUAUAUAAAAAAUAUCAAGAGAUUUUUCUUUUGGAUGUUGCUCACGACUCUUCUGAAAGAUUUUGUAUGGCAACAGAGUGUAGUCGUGUUGUCAGCGAUUUGAUGUGUGAGCGCACAGCACAUUGUGCAUGUGUGUAUCUGUACAGGAUAGUACUGAGACUGUGCUAUUGAAUGUGGUAUUUGUGUUUAUAGGAAGCACAUGAUGUCCUGUUUUUUUUUUUCUUUCUUUUUUUUCUCCUCAGACUUCAGCACUCGCUUGAGCCUCAGGGGCUGUUUUGUUGUAUCUUUUUUUUUUUUUUUUCAAUGCUCAAAUUGUGCUUCCUGUUUAGUCUGUAAUUUAACAUGCAAAACUACAGAAUUGUUUGUAUAAUAAAGUUUUAAGAUAAUGUUGAUAUUCACCCCUCGGCACAGAGCUUGUAUAUAACAGGGAGGCUACUGCUGGUAAAGUAAUUUUUGGUGUGUUCAUUUUUGUUUUAACUUUGUAAUUAAAAUAUCUCAUAAUUUGUAUUUAUAUUUUACAGAAGAAGUUGCUUUAAAAUAAAUAUACAAACUGCAAGAUGAAA